AAAGAGAGAAGAAGGACCCGGGUCUCGCAGUCCACGUGUCGUGAAAAACAACCAACAUGGAAGUAGGGGAGGGGGAAGAUAUCAGAACCCAUGCUUGAGAGUUUAAAUGGGGUAAUAGUUCUAAUUAUUCAUGAGUUUUUCUAAAACAAACCUUCACAGAAACUAGAUUGACUCCUUUUUGGUCACUUUCUCUCUCUCUCCCUCUCUAUCUAAUAUUCGCAAACACAUCCCCAAAAAUCUAGGGUUUUUUUUUGGGUUUCCCUCCACUCCAAUUCAACCUCAGCUGCUUGAACUCUGCUUCAAUUUCCUUGUGCGAUAACAAUCCCAUAUGUGGACAGGAAAUCCACAGAUUAUUAUCUAUCUGAAGGAAUAUUAGGCAUGCAGUCAAAGUCUGAAAGUGCAAAUCAACUAGAAUCUCGAGAUCAACACUCUCUUCCACCAUACGCAGUUCAUUCUGAACCUUGGUGGCGUACUAUUGGUUAUAGCACUGUGUCCCGAGCUCUGGCAGGGGGAAAUGCGUCCAAUUUAUCUUCAUCAGAAGGCCCGAAUGGUUCACUGUCAAAUGAUGAUCAAUCGAUGUCUAACGGAAGAUUGAAUGAGGAAGAUGAUGAUGCUAGCAAGGAAUCACAAGCCACUGCAUCUUCACGAUCAGUUCUGAAUGGUGGACAAGAAAACAGAAAUCUGCAGCACGUUGCGCCAAGUAUGACAGCAAUGCGGGAUGAGGGUUUGACACAACCUACACAGCUUGAGCUUGUUGGUCACUCUAUUGCAUGUGCAUCAAAUCCAUAUCAGGAUCCAUAUUAUGGUGGAAUGAUGGCACCUUAUGGGCAUCAACCUUUGGGUUAUCCUUUCCUAGGGGGGCAUCAAGUUAGAAUGGCUUUACCAAAUGAGAUAGCUCAAGAACCUGUUUAUGUGAAUGCCAAGCAAUACCCCGGCAUACUGAGGCGUAGACAGGCACGUGCAAAAGCAGAGCAUGAGAAGAAGCUGAUAAAAGUUAGAAAGCCGUAUCUUCACGAGUCUCGGCAUCAGCAUGCUAUGAGAAGGGCAAGAGGUUCUGGAGGACGUUUUGCAAAGAAAACUGGUGGUGAUGAUUCCAAGAAUAACAAAGAAGGAACGGCCAAUGAUACUGGUGCAAUCCCCUCAUCUCAGUCUGGCAGCUCAUCAGGUUCUGAGCAAUUGCCUUCAGAUUCUGCCCAGACAUGGAAUUUACCCCAUGGUGACCAAGAGUUGAGAUCUGCUAGAGUGUAUGACACUUCUGAAGCUCGCAAUCAUAUAAAUGGCGGCAGUCAUUAUCAGAACCACAGUGGCUUGCAGACUUUAAAACAUCAUCCGCACUCAGGUGAAAAGGGGGAGGAUGAAGACUGUUCAGGCCAACAGCGGGGAAGCAUUUCCUCAAACCAGGUCUCACAGAGGCCUCUUGCCAUCCAGUGAACCCAGCUUGCUAAGUGGACGCUGAGAUGGAGGAUUCAACCUACCGAAGUAGAUACAGUUGAAUCCUCUGUUUAUUUGGUGACCACAUCCUUGGCAGUAUUGCCAGGCGGCAACUCAUUCUUGGCUUUGUUCUGUGUUUGCAUCUCGGAUAACUAGGGAAGAAACAAAUGAUGAAGAGAUUGUUGGCUUCUAUGAAGCAUGUGUCAAUGCUUCAUCAUCAUUCCCAUUUUCAUUUUUCCUCUGUACAUAAACAUGUUCAAUAAAUGAAUAGUAGAUGUAGUAAUCUGUGGAGAGGUUGUCAGCAAGUCGUUAGUUUAGUGCAGGAGUUGUGGUCUUGUCUAACAGUGUUCUUUUUUAGUUUGGAAUUGGAUUUGAAGAAUUUUUUGCAA